AUGAGCCAUUUCGUCAACUUGAGCCUUGCCGAGGCCUCGAAUAGGCUCGAUGUCUACAAAAAUCACUUUCCCCAAAAGUCCGUGCCAUCUCUGGUCGAGUUUGCUGAUCAGAAUGUGCAAAACGACUUGGACAAACUAGCACUCAUUGCAUUGCAUCUGGACUCCACGCUUGCCGUUUACUACGCCUAUGAGCCUAUAUUCCUUGAUUUGAUGGCUCGCUGGGUCCAGAAUCCUGCUUGGUUUGAGCAGAAUUACUGUGAAGCUCACGGGAUCGAAUCACCAGCUUCAGGCUCCAUCAUCCUACUUGCAUUGUCCAGGGUCAUAGACUUGGCGCCAGAAUCCACCAACUUGAUAGAGUAUUACUUGGCUUCUAAUAACGGCCUUCGUGGACUCAUGGAGUCGGGCUUAUCCCCAUCGGAUCUUCAGGCAUCCCUUUUGGCAUACUAUAGAAUCUACAAGUCCAACCCUCACAAGUUCAAGCACUUCAUCGAUCCCAAGAAGCUCUUCGAAAUCAUGAGCUUGGAUGACGAGAAAUACAACAUUCCAAAGAUCCUUGCCGUCUGCAUUAUCAGCAAAUACAUCAGCGCUUCUGAGGAGGCCCACGAUGCGAUGUUGGCUAAACAUAUCACAGGGUCAUAUGAGGGCUCUUUCGAUGGCGGCUACACAAUUGACUACAAGUUCCUCUCAUUGGUGGAGGCAAAAAGACUCUCGAAUCAUACCAAAUUGCCAACUGCCGUCUCCCACGCACAUUCUCGAAUUGUUACCAUAGCUCAGAAAGACUUGUCCUCGCUCAUUACCUGUGUUUGCGGUAUCCUUCUCUUUAAUAGACACCUGGAGAAGGACAUCACCAAGAAGGACCAUUUUGUGCCCAUUGAAAGCUCUGUGCUGGUCUUGAAGCAGUUGGCAACCCAGAUCCUGAGAGACAGACCAGUUAUGCUUCAUGGCCAGGCAGGCUCAGGUAAAACUUUCCUCAUUAACCAGAUGGCCAGCCACAUGAGCUGUUCCGAUUCCAUUGUCAAAAUCCACUUGGGUGAACAGACUGACGCCAAAUUGCUUUUGGGUACAUACACCUCUGGCGAGAAACCAGGAUCCUUCCAAUGGCGUUCUGGCGUGUUGACUACGGCAGUGAAAGAGGGUAAGUGGGUUCUCGUUGAAGACAUUGAUAAGGCGCCCACCGAGGUGCUUUCCAUCCUUCUUGUUUUGUUGGAGAAGCGUGAACUCAAUAUCCCAUCCAGAGGAGAGGUUAUCAAAGCCCACAGCGGCUUCCAGCUUAUAUCCACCAUCACCACAUCUUCCGAACGUAAUUCGAGACUUCCUGAUCUUAUUGGUAUGCGUCUUUGGGAGCUCAUCGAGGUUCCUCAGCUCUCUGAACUCGACUUGAAAGCCAUUCUCACAGCUAAGUUCCCUCUUCUCGCAAAGUUUAUCGUCAAGUUCAUCACAGUCUACAACAAGGUGCUUCAAAUUUUUGCAAUGCCAGCUUUCAUUGCCUUGAAUAAGGGUUCUCACCCAAGAGCUAACUCCACUAGAGACUUGAUGAAGUUUUGCUCCCGUUGUCAUAAAUUACUCCACAAUAGAGGUGUUACUAGUGAUGAUACACUUUUCGAAACCCAGGUUUAUGAAGACAUUUUCGCCGAGGCCGUCGAGUGUUUCGGUAGCGCCAUCACCGAACCCUCAGCAUCCGUCCCCUUGAUCAAUGCCAUAGGUGAGAUCCUUGAAAUCUCCGCAACCAGAGUUAAUCUUUUUAUUGAAAACCAUGUUCCAACAAUGCAUCUCGGAGAGGACAGUAUCGAGAUCGGAAGGGCUGUUCUUCAAAAGUCCUCUGUUGAUAAAGCGCUUUACAGCCGGGGUAAAACCAGUGAAGGCAGUUUCGCUCGCACUAAGCAUUCCAAGCGUUUGAUGGAGCAGAUCGCUUUGGCCAUUCAAAUGGUCGAGCCAGUCUUGUUGGUUGGUGAGACAGGUACCGGUAAAACGACUGUCGUUCAAGAAAUCGCCAAGAUGAUGAACAAGAAAAUGACCGCUAUUAACGUUUCUCAGCAGACGGAGUCUAGUGAUCUUCUAGGUGGCUACAAACCUGUCAACACCAUGACUGUUGCAAUUCCUUUGCAGGAAACAUUUGAGAACCUCUUUUUGGCGACAUUCUCUCAAAAGAAGAACAUGAAGUUUUCCGAGCUUUUAUCCAAGUGUUUCAACAAAAGACAGUGGAAAAACGUCAUCAAACUCUGGAAAGAGGCAGUCAAGAUGGCCCGUGCAACCCUCGAGAAGAGCGAGGAUUCCGGAGACGAAAAGCCCGAUGAAGGUGGUCCCAAGAAGAAGAGGAAAUUGAGUUCAACGGAAAAGCUGGCUAUGCUUGAGAAAUGGCUUGACUUCCAAUCUGGAAUCGAGAAGUUCGAGGCGCAGGCCGCCAAUCUCGAGAACUCAUUUGUCUUUAACUUCGUUGAGGGAUCUCUUGUAAAGGCUGUUCGUAACGGUGAAUGGCUUCUUCUCGAUGAAAUCAACUUGGCUUCAUCUGAUACGUUAGAAAGCAUAGCAGAUCUCUUGUCAGAGGUUGCUGAACAAAGAUCGAUUCUUUUGAGUGAAAGAGGAGACAUUGAACCCAUCAAGGCCCAUCCUGAUUUCAGAAUUUUUGGAUGUAUGAACCCUUCUACCGAUGUUGGUAAGCGUGACUUGCCCGUCAGUAUACGAUCAAGAUUUAGUGAGAUCUACGUUCAUUCUCCAGACAGAGACAGAGAUGAUCUUUUACUGAUUAUCGACAAAUACAUCGACAAAUUUGCCAUUGGAGAUGAUUGGGCUGCGGAUGACAUUGCCGAACUUUACCUUGAGGCUAAAGCGUUGGCGGAAAAGAACAAGAUUGUCGAUGGUGCAAACCAGAAACCACAUUUCAGUAUUCGUACAUUGACGAGAACCUUGACGUACGUGCGGGACAUCGUUCAAACUUACGGUUUGAGAAGAUCGCUUUACGAAGGUUUUUGUAUGUCUUUCUUGACUUUGCUUGACGUGAGAUCCGAGGGAGUCUUGAGACCUAUUAUUGAAAAGUACACUGUGGGAAAGACAAAGAGUCCUAAGUCUGCUCUUAAUCAUAUUCCCAAGGCACCUUCUGACCCAAAGCACGAGUAUGUUCAGUUCAGACACUAUUGGUUGAGAAAGGGUGCUUUCGAGGUUGAUGAACAGCCCAAUUACAUCAUCACCCCAUUUGUUGAGAAGAACUUACUCAACUUGGUCCGUGCUACUGCAAGCAGGAGAUUUCCUGUCUUGGUUCAAGGUCCUACUUCUGCUGGUAAGACCUCCAUGAUCAAUUACCUUGCAGCCAUCUCGGGUCACAAGUUCGUUCGUAUCAACAACCACGAACACACAGACCUUCAGGAGUACUUGGGAACCUACGUCUCAGACUCAAGCGGUAAAUUAGUCUUCAGGGAGGGAAUCUUGGUUGAAGCUUUAAGAAAUGGUUACUGGAUCGUUUUGGAUGAGCUUAACCUUGCACCUACUGAUGUGCUUGAGGCUUUGAACCGUUUGCUUGAUGAUAACAGAGAACUUUUCAUUCCAGAGACUCAAGAGGUUGUCCAUCCCCAUCCUGACUUCAUGCUUUUCGCCACUCAGAAUCCUCCUGGGUUGUACGGUGGUAGAAAGGUUCUCUCUAGAGCUUUCAGAAACAGAUUUUUGGAGUUGCAUUUUGAUGACAUUCCAAGAGACGAGCUUGAGAUCAUUUUGAAGGAUAGAUGCCAAAUCGCUCCUUCUUACGGAAAGAAGAUCGUGGAAGUUUACAACGAGUUAUCUUUGCAGCGUCAAUCUUCCAGACUUUUUGAACAGAAGAACUCAUUUGCUACGUUACGUGACUUGUUCCGUUGGGCUCUUCGAGAGGCUGUUGGUUACGAGGAGUUGGCUGCCAAUGGGUACAUGCUCUUAGCUGAGCGUGUGAGAAACGAAGAAGAGAAGCAAGUGGUGAAGCAAGUGAUAGAAAAGGUUAUGAGGGUGAAACUUGAUAUGGAUGCUUACUACGAGAAGCUCGAGAACAAGGAAAUCUUCAACAUCGAACUGUCGAUUGUCUGGACCAAGGCCAUGAGGAGAUUGGCAGUACUUGUUGCUACCUCUAUCAAGUAUAAAGAGCCAUUAUUACUUGUUGGUGAAACCGGAUGCGGUAAAACCACAGUUUGUCAGAUUCUCGCUCAAUUCCAGAACAAGCAGUUGAUAACUGUGAAUGCACACCAGAACACUGAGACCGGAGACAUUUUGGGUGCUCAAAGACCCCUCAGAAACCGUUUUGAAACCAGAGGCGAGCUUGUUAAGAGCUUAGUGUCUUUCUUCGAGAUCCUCAACAUUGAUGUUCAGCUUGGUGAGACUAAUGCAGAGGACUUGAUCAAAAAGUACAGAAAGACAAUUGCUGAUCUUAGUGAUGACGACAAGGGAAAGGUCGACGAGCAGCUCAUUGUUGAGAUUGAAGACAAGAUCAGAAGCGCUGGGACACUCUUCGAGUGGGUUGAUGGUCCUUUGGUUCAGGCCAUGAAGACCGGUGACUACUUCUUGCUUGAUGAAAUUUCGUUGGCUGAUGAUUCCGUUUUGGAGAGAUUGAACUCUGUCCUUGAGCCCGAGAGAAGCUUGUUGCUUGCUGAGAAGGGUACUGAAGAUGCAUUCCUUGUCGCUCAAGAUGAGUUUCAGUUUCUCGCUACCAUGAACCCCGGUGGUGAUUACGGCAAGAAAGAAUUGUCCCCUGCUUUGAGAAACAGAUUCACAGAAAUCUGGGUUCCAUCUCUCGAUGAUUUCAACGACGUCAGACACAUCGUGAGGUCUCGUCUUCAAGAUCAAUACAAGGAUCUUGCCAAUGCGCUUACCGAGUUUUCCGAGUGGUUCGGAAGGAAACUUGGAAAUGGCAAUGUCAACAGUGGUGUGAUUUCGUUGAGAGAUAUUUUGGCUUGGGUCCAGUUCAUCAAUGCAUGCGACCAGUCAGUGUCUGCCGAUGCUGCUUUCUACCAUGGUGCCUCCAUGGUAUUCAUUGAUGCCUUGGGAACAAACAAUACCGCCUACCUUGCCGAGAAUGAGACCAAGUUGUCAGAUCACAAGAGACAAUGUGUCGAAAAGCUCAGUCAGCUUGUUGGCAAGGAUCUCGCCCAAUUCUCGCUUGUCAACAAUCAUGAGGUCAUCGUUGGAGAAGAUAAGCUUAAGGCUGGUUUAUUUGAAGUCGAACGUGUUUCAGGAACCACUUAUACUGAUCCUUUCAACUUGCACGCCCCUACAACUGCUGCCAAUGCUCUGCGUGUUGUUAGAGCUAUGCAAGUCCAUAAGCCCAUAUUGUUGGAAGGUAGUCCUGGUGUUGGUAAGACCAGUUUGGUGUCUGCGAUUUCCAAGGCUACUGGUAACGAGCUCAUCAGAAUCAACCUUUCUGAACAGACCGACUUGAUUGAUCUUUUUGGCUCCGAUGCUCCGGUAGAAGGUGGCCAAACUGGUGAAUUUGUUUGGAGAGAUGCUCCCUUCUUGAGAGCAAUGAAGAACGGUGAGUGGGUAUUGUUGGACGAGAUGAACCUUGCUUCUCAGUCGGUGUUGGAAGGUUUGAACGCUUGUUUGGAUCACAGAGGAGAGGCUUACAUCCCAGAACUUGAUCGUUCUUUCCCACGUCACCCUGACUUUAAGGUCUUUGCCGCCCAAAACCCUCAAUAUCAAGGAGGUGGAAGAAAGGGAUUGCCCAAGUCUUUUGUGAACAGAUUCACGGUUGUGUUUGUGGACACAUUGAGUGCUGAUGAUUUGACCUUGAUCGCUCACAAAUUGUACCCAAACAUCCCCAGAGAUGACUGCAGCAAGCUUAUCAAGUUCGUUGCUGAAUUAGAGAGACUCAUUGUGAAGCAGAAAUCAUUCGGCGUUCUCGGCGGUCCUUGGGAGUUCAACUUGCGUGAUGUCUUGAGAUGGUUAAGUUCAUUCCACUCUUCUCAAAACAUCAAUCGUGAACAGGACAUGAGUCUUGGUGAAUUUUUGGAUAUGAUUGUCUGCCAAAGAUUCAGAACCGAGGACGACCGUCGUAAGGUUGAUGAGCUUUUCGUGUCUGUUUUCGGCGAGCAAAAGAAGAGAAGCCCAUUCUAUUCGAUUGGAAUUGAUUAUGUUCAAGCUGGUGGUGCUCUCAUCAAGAGAGGCGAACUCAUUCAGUUCGAUAACUCGAUCGACAGACUUAACUUGGUACCUCUUCAGUGUAACUUCCAAGUGCUUGAAUCUGCGCUUAGAAGUGUCAACGAAAACAUCCCAUUUAUCAUCGCUGGUCCAUCCAACGCCGGUAAAACUGAGUUGAUCAGAUUCUUGGCCAACGCUGCUGGUGUCAAGUUGUCUGAGUUUGCCAUGAACAGUGACGUUGAUAGCAUGGAUAUUUUGGGAGGUUACGAACAAGUUGAUGUCACUAGAGCAAUGUCUGAAGUGAUUAACAAGACUUACACAUUUUUCAGGGAAUUGCUUAUUGAGAGCUGUCUCAUACACCUGGAAACCUCGCCAUCAGCUCUUCAUGCUAUAGAGAUUGUUGAUUUGAUCGAGAACACUGUACUGGUCGCAGACUCAUUCCCUCGAAUCGCUAAACGUUUCAGACAUUUCGUGAGCCAGUUCCACAAUGAAGCCUUGAACAGCCUUCUUAUGGAAUUUGCGGCUGUUGAAACAAAGGUGAGAGAAAAGUCUGCAGUCAGAUUCGAGUGGUUCGACGGUUUGCUCGUCAAAGCAGUCGUGAAUGGAGAUUGGUUGGUUUUGGAUAACGCCAACUUGUGUAACCCAUCUGUUCUUGACAGACUCAACUCCUUGCUUGAGGUAAAUGGGUCUUUGAUCAUAAAUGAGUGCAGCACAGAAGAUGGUAUGCCACGGGUUUUGAAGCCACACCCCAACUUCAGGUUGUUUUUGACUGUGAACCCCAAAUAUGGCGAGCUUUCGAGAGCCAUGAGAAACAGAUGUAUCGAAGUUCACAUUGACGAUCUCGAGAAGCGUUCCACCUUCUUCGAUAAAAUGACCUUGGGAUUGCCGCUUGUUGAUGAGGCAACUUCCGAGGAAGACAUCAGUGAAUUGAUGGAGAAGCUUAAAUUUGGUCAGAAUAGUGUCGGCAGACCAUUGGCUACUUUUGUUCCUUGUAACGAGUCUAAAAUGAGACGUUAUGGCGCCACCGUUGAUGCUGUUGAUAAUUAUGAACACAACUUAGCGAAGAGUGCUUUGAUCAGUAUCUUUGCUCAAAGAGAUGUCACUGUGAUCGAAUCGUGGUUUAACACUGUUACAUCUAGCAAGGAAUUUAGCUCCAUCUACAAGUCAACUAUGCAAGAGUCCAUCGAAGUGUUGAAGGUCUUGUCCAGUGCCGACUACUUCACCAGUUGUAAACUUACCUACGACAAGGUCGACUCUUCUAGAACUCAAGCUCUCAACACGAUUCUCAAUGAGUACAUUGUACCAUACUUGGGUGAGGCGGGUGAGGCAAACUGGCUUGAGCCUACCAUAAUGUUCCAAGUUGCAACUCGUCUUUUCGAAGCUUCAGCUUUAUUGGACACCAUUGAAAGAAGAGGAACCGAGAGUCCGCUUCAUCAAUUAUCGUUUCUUGAACUUUCCGCAGCGGUUUGUUUCGGCAGGGAAGUGAAGAAGACGCCAAAGGUGAACGUUUUCGGAUUCGUGAAGGAGGUUCAUACGUGGAUCAUCAAGGCCUUCUUGGUGCACACAUCUGCCUCUGUCACUUCCGAUGGUCCAGUCUUCUCUGCAUUGCUUGAACUUCAGGAAACAUGGAUCUGUUUGGUAAACUCUGCCAGAAUUCAGAACAUCACAAAGUUGAGAGUUUACCACAGCAUCAUUGGAUCGUGGUUCGAAAAGCACAAAGACAUUUCCAUGCUUAUUGAUCAAGGGCUGCCAAUGUCGAGUCUUUCCCUUCAGCUUGAAUUGACGACAGGGUUCUCCAUGGGCACCAUCUGGAACCACUUCCGUCAAUUAUACCCAUCGACUUCUGAGGCUUGGGAUUACUACUCGAGCCUUUUGAGCAUCUUAUCUGAAUUUGAUACCUUAGUUGCCAACUAUGAGAUGAAUGCAGAGGAGGUUUUGAUGCUUAGACAGCUCAUGAUUGACCUUUACGGAACAAUCAUUACCGGCACAGCAUCCGAUGACGACCUCGCUAACUUGUUCAAGCAGUUAGUGAGCGGUAUUGCUGCUCUUAAGGAAGCCGCAGAGGGUUCGGAGAAGAGAUGUAACAGUUUCGAGGAAGAGUUCACGAUGCUUUCUACAUUCGUGGAGUCUGAAAGCAUGGCUACUGGAGCAAACACUUCAGGUAAGCAAUUGCAACUUUACCAAAAGUCGAGUAAACCAACUUCUGGAUUGUUGAACUCUCUGAACACCAAUGUCUUCAAGCCCUAUCCAAGAAUCUUCGAUGAUGUAUACUUGAGAGGCUCAAGAGGGGGUGUUAUGAAUGUCUUUGCAGAGAACCUUCUUGAGGCUUUGAAUGCCAAGGCACAAGAGCUCAACAGAUGUCUGGGUAAGUACUUAGACAAGCAGUUAGCUGAUAUGAAAGUUCUCGCUGACUCGCUUGUUGAGAAUUCCACAUCGGUUCUCAGAGAUCAAAAGCUGGUGUUCAAGACUUUGCUUCUCUCUUGGAUCAAGGAAAUUUUGGCCGCUCAUCAAAUUCUGAUUAUCGGAGAAUCAUUGAAAGAGGUUCUUGAUGGGGUCAGAGCCUCUGAUAGUACUGCCUUGAUCACCGUCUUUGAGGCUUACAUGGGACCCGCCGUGAUGAUUGCAGAGUCAGCUACCACGUUGAAGUCUCUCGGUAAAGCUUGGGUUCUCUUCUCAUGUGGAUGUGUACAGCUCUUUGUUCCUAGCUCCCCUAUGGAUCCCGCCAUCGAUGAUCAUGUUGUUUACGACAUUUUCAAGACUCAAAAUGAAUCACUUGACAAUCUUAUUGCGUCUUGGAAGGUCGUGAGACAAACAAUCACAGGCGAUGAGCCAAUUGCCACGGAAUCAGAGUUGCCUCAAUUGAGAAAUGAGGAUAGAGAGAAGCCAACCAUUUUCAGACCAAGUGAUGGCAUUGACGAUUUGUUCGAAGAGUGGGCUGGUUUCAUGAGCUCAUCCAUUGACAAGGAUGCUGUGACGAGAUUGCUUUCGCAAGCAGAGGCUGAAUACGACGAGAAGAAUGUGAAUGGAAUCAACGUUUUCCAGCACAACUCUGUUAACUUCCUUACUCGUUUGAGAACUAACAAGGUCGUCUACUCAGACCUCAACGAUAUUCUUGCUGGUUACGUCUAUGGCUUAAAGUUUGGUCUCGAUUUGAUGAUGAUGGAGAACGAGAACACCAAAGCCCAGGUUUCUCUCAAGAACCUUUGGUCUGUGGAUGUGUCUUCUUUGCUCAAUCCUGUUUUGAUCAGAAACACUUUCGAGGAUUUCAAGAAAGCUAGCAAAUCGUUUGGCAACAACACAUGUGCAAGCGAAAAGCUGAUGUUAUUCUUCAUCAACAUUUGCUUCAUGCAACGCCACAUGGAAUCAGAGCCCGAGUUAGACCACAUUAUCAACCUGGCUUUCCAGACGCUUUAUUACAGGUGGUACUACCGCAGGGCAAAGGAGGAAGAGCAGGCUGCUCAGAAUGCUUCCCUUUACAAGUACGAAGGUGGUGAUGAUGAUGUUGAGAAGGAGUUCCAAAUGAUGUUCCCUGAUUACGAAGAGGUAAUGGAGGUUGAUUCCAACGCAGCCAAGUCGUCCAGCUCGCUAGCUGAGGUUUAUCCUCAACUCUGCCAGCUUUAUGUUGAUUACUACCUCAAUGGAAGACUGGCUGACAUAACCAAGGUUAUUGAGCAAGGUGCCACAUUAGCUUGGGACUUGUCCAAGUUUGAAGACGUAUUUGUCCAUGGCUCCAACAGUCCCGAAUCUAUGGCAGCACUUUUCAUCAACAUGCUGAAGGUUCACGAGGUAUUCUCCCUGCAAAGAGGUGACGUUGAUUUCUACCAUGGCGAGUCACCAUUCGAAUUCAGGAGAGCUAUCAAGGUCGUCAGUAAUGUUCAAAGAGCGGUUGCAACCCUUUUGGACCAAUGGCCAGAACACGCCACUUUGCAGAAUAUCACGAGGACUGCAAUUGAGUUUACCGAAUUCCCAUCAAAUUUCCCCAUUUCAAGACUCCUCCAGAAGCUCGAGGUAAUCUUCACUUACCUCAACGAGUGGGAGAAGUUUGCCAGCAGCAAGGUGACCCUCAGAGCAUGUUACGACGAGGUGACUGAGCUCAUCGUGUCUUGGAGAAAGCUUGAACUUCUGUCUUGGAGAAAACUUUUCGACAACGAGGACUCUACUUUUAGAGAGAGGGUUGGUAAAUGGUGGUUCUAUCUCUUCGAGACUAUCAUUGUUCCGAUUUUUGGCAUCGAUGAGGAGAAUGAUGAGAAGAUGUCGACGAUCCAACUUUUGGGUGCUUUGAACGUCUUUAUGAGCGAGACCACCUACGGAGAAUUUGCGACUCGUUUACAGUUGGUUCAGGCGUUUGAGAACCAUGCAUCAAGAUUGGAAGGUGGCGAGAAGACUGCUAAUGCUCUUCGCAACUUCACAAAGUUUUACGAGCAAUACAUCCCCCACAUUGACGAGGCCAUUUCGCAAACCAAAAAGACCCUUGAGAAGGAGAUCAACGAGGUGAUUCUUCUUGCUAGUUGGAAGGAUGUUAAUAUUGAUGCCCUCAAGCAGAGUUCCAAGAAGUCUCACAACAGUCUUUUCAAGAUUGUGAGAAAGUACCGUGCCCUUUUGGCGACACCAAUUUCUCCUCUUGUCCAGGCUGGUCUCGCUUCCGACUCCAAGGUAUCAAUUGCUGAAAUUCCUUCAACCUUGUCUGUUCAGCAUCAAUCUCAUGACCAUGACACACAAAUGGCCAUUCUCAAGCUUUGUGGUAAGGCAUCUACUUGGGACGAGAGACCAAACAGACUCAAGAAUUUGUCUAUGAUCGAGAACAACAUGCGUGUCUUCAUUGAUAAAGUCACCCGCUCAGCCGCACCAUCGCUUUACGAUUACGCCAAGGAGAUCAUCGAAGAGAUGGAUAGACUCAGAAAGGAAACGCCUAACGUGAUGAAUGAUGACACCAAGAAGGAAGUGGCUGCGUUGAAGACACAAAAACACAAACUUUUGAGUGAAGUUUUGAAGGAGUUGAGAAGGAUAGGUAUCAAGACCACAGUGAAGCCUGAUAUCAAGAAGCUUUUGGCAACGGUGAAUUUGAUUUUCACCAAUAGUGCCUCCUUCUCUUCCAAGAAAUUGGUCAGUGCUGAUGCUUACUUCUUGCGAGUUUUGGAUUUGCUUCCACGUCUCAGAGCUUCAGUCUCUGAAGGAAACGAUGAAGUGCCACAAGCGGAUCUUGAAAGAGGUUUGGCGGCCACAGAGAACUUGUUGUUUUCUUUGGUUACCGUGAGAAAACCAACCAACAGCUUAGCGCUGUCACUCGACGAAUUAGAAACUUUCAACGACGCUCUUGCGAAUAAGUUUUCGGAGUUGAACUCACAAUCUGGUAUUCUUUGCAAAGCAUCAUCCAUCGAGAGUUUCUUUACGACUUUGAGAGAUCUCCAGGUUUUCGUUCGCAGCUUCGAGCAAUUGAUGGACUAUAUCUCAGAGGUGGUAAGAGGUGUUGUCUUCUUCACCAAGGUGUCCGAUACGAGUGUCCUCGAGAGUCUUAGACAAUCGGUGAGCCAAUGGAGAGUAAAGUUAUCCAUUUCUGACCUCACUGUGCCCGUCGAGAGUGAACGCUCUAUGUUGGAAGAGUUCAAACAGUACGUUGCACUGAUUGUGAAUGAGUUGGCUGCAUGGAGGGAUUCCAACACUGCCAACGGCUUCAUUGCUCAAACCAUUCUCAAUUGGCUCUCCAAUUGGGUGCAGAAUGUGAAACCAGCUUCAGAAUCCGCCCCUGCCAACACUGUUACAAUUGAGGUACUCGAGAAGUCACUCAGGAAACUCUCCAACUCGAUUCUUGUUUCCGUGCAGCGGGUUGUUGAAAUCCAUGAUGAGGACAUUAGCCAGGACGACGACAAGUGGUUACAAGAAUCCCAGCAAAGACUUUCGCAAGCAAUGAAGGCUCUCCACCACGAGAGCAUCAACUCACUUCUCAGAAAUGUCAGAUCUAAUUUGUUGAACAUCGAGCACGAUCUGGAGACAUCUGCUGUGAGUGCUGCUUUGAUGAGUUUCACCAUGCCCUUGGUGCAGUUGUACUACAAGCUCGCCUCUGCAAUUCAAAUGAGAGCCCGGGAGAACUACAUUCAGAUUUCUAGAUCCACCUAUGUCUUGGCCACUGCUCUUCACAAAUUGGCUUCCUCCGGUUUCUGUUCUCCAGAACCUCCACAGGAGCAGAAGAAGGAUGAUAACUUGCAAGAUGGUACUGGAUUAGGUGACGGAGAAGGUGCCACAAACAACUCAAAGGAUGCUGAGGACGAUGAUUUGGACGAGCAUGCUCAGCAGCCAAACGAGGAGAACGAGAAAGAUAAAGACGACGGCGAAGAGGAAGACGACGACGCUGUCGACAUCGAAGGUGACAUGGCUGGUGAUCUUGAGGAUGCCUCUGACCAGGAGAAGGAUGAAAAUGACGAUGGUGAUGAGGAGCAGGACCUCGACGAGGAAGUUGACGACAUCGAUGAUCUUGACCCCAAUGCCGUCGACGAGAAAAUGUGGGAUGAGGAAGCCAAGGAUGACUCCAAGGAAAAGGAGUCGGACAAGAUGCCACAAAAUUCCGUGAACGACGACGACAAUAUGGAAGCCAUGGAAGACGAAGAUCAGAAGCAGGAAGAAGGUGACAAUCAAGAAGGAGAGGAAGGAGAAGAAGAAGAGAAGGAGAACGACGGGGAUUCAGAAGACGACGGUGAAGACGUUGGUGAGCAAGAAGAUGAGGUAAAGAACGACGAAAACGAACAGCUCGAUGACUACGUCCCUGAGACUGAAGCUUUAGAUUUACCAGAGGACAUGAACUUGGACGACGAAAAUGAAGACGAAGCUGCUCAGGACGAAGACGAAGGUGACGAGAAAUUCGAAGACGAGUUGGACAAGAACGAGAAGGAGGAAGAGGGACUGUCUGAUGAAAAGGACGAGGAGCCCGCCGAUGCUGAAGCUGAUGCCGAAGAAGCAAACGAGGAAGAGGCCUCGAUGGAACAGGAUGAGGAAGAAGACGACAAAGAAGGCGCUGGCGAUGACAAGGAAGUUGACGAAGAACCACAAGAAGCUUCUGACGACGAAACUGUGAAGGGUCCCGAAGAGGGUGAAGAGGAGAAGGAUGACGAGCCUGACUCUGCUGAAAAUGGCGAUCUUGAAGCUGAUGGACUCGAUGGAGCCGAACAAGAUCAGGACGAGGAUGUUGAUAUGGACGCUGCUUCCAAGGCUGCCGCAGGCGAGAAGGGCGAUGGUGCUGACCAAGAAGUCCUCGAGGACCAGGAUGAUGUUGGUGCCUCUGGAACUGCUUCUUCUGAAAUGCAACAACAAGAAGAUAGAGAUCAGGAUUCUAACGACAACUCCAACAGUGAGAUCAAGGAGUCCUUGAAGCAAUUGGGAGAUUCGUUGAAGGAAUUCCAUCGUCGCAGACAAGAGAUCAAGGAAGCUAGUCAGAGGGACCAAGAGGAACAAGAAGCAAAGGCUGACGUUAGACCUGACGAGUUCGAACAUGUCGAAGGAGAGAACACUGAGCAGGAUACUCAAGCGCUUGGUGCUGCUGACAAUCAGGACCAGAUCCAACGUAUUGACGAGGAUAAAGCCAUCGACGACGACGAAGAGGUUCCAGACCGUGAGGAAGUGGAUGAAAAGAAGGAUCCUGACGCCAUGGACAUCGAACAGGGAGACGAGGAGGCGGCUCAAGACGGCGAGGAAACGAACCAAGAAGCCGAUUCAGAGAAUGUUGGUGCUGUGCUAGGCGAGAGAAGAAUUGUUAAAGAAGAGGACCAGGAUAUCGAUCUCGCAGCUGAAGACCUCGAGGAAACGAAGGCAGAGGUUGACAUGAAGAACCAUCUUGAUGACGACUAUGAACUAGGCAGUGACGAAGUCCCAGCACAUGAUCUCAUUACAUCCAGAGAGCUCUGGAACCACAGCGAGCUUGCUACUCAAGAGUUGUCAUCUGGUUUGUGUGAGCAGUUGAGAUUGAUUUUGGAGCCCACAUUGGCCACCAAAUUGAGAGGUGACUACAAGACCGGUAAGAGGCUCAACAUGAAGAGAAUCAUUCCAUACAUCGCCUCGGAGUUCAGAAAAGACAAGAUCUGGCUCAGAAGAACCAAGCCAUCCAAGAGACAGUACCAGAUCAUGAUCUCUGUGGACAACUCCAAAUCCAUGAGUGAGAGUAAGGUAACCGAGUUGACUUUGCACAGCAUUGCCCUUGUCUCCAAGGCUCUUACCCAACUUGAAAGUGGUGGAUUGUCGAUUGUGAGAUUUGGUGAGGACGUCAAGCUCCUUCACCCAUUUGACAAACCUUUCAAUCAAGAAACUGGUGCUCGUGUAUUCCAAUGGCUUGACUUCCAACAAGAGCGCACUGACAUCAAACUGUUAUGCUCAAAGUCUUUGAAGAUUUUCGAAAAUGCUAGAGCUUCUUCAGGUGCCGAUUUGUGGCAACUUCAAAUUAUCAUUUCUGACGGUGUUUGCGAAGACCACGAGACAGUUGAACGGAUGGUCAGACAAGCUAGAGAAGAGAAGGUGAUGUUGGUGUUUGUCGUGAUUGACGGAAUUACAUCGAACGAGUCAAUCCUCGAUAUGUCCCAGGUGAGUUACGUUCCUGAUGCCAAUACUGGUGCUAUGACGUUGAAGGUGAACAAGUAUUUAGACACAUUCCCCUUCGAGUUCUACGUUGUGGUGAGAAGCAUCAAGGAGUUGCCAGAGAUGCUUUCGUUGAUCUUGAGGCAGUACUUCACGGAAGUCGCUAGUGUUUGA